AUGCUGUUCUCAAAGACCCUUGGACUCCUCCCCUUCGUGGCUAUGGCUCUAGCUGGCGCUUCCAAAUUCGCCAAUACUUGCCAGGACAUUGACGGUGAAGGUACUACACUGCAUUCACAGUGCCGUGAUAGAGAAAAUGGCCAGCUGCAAUCGACCACAUUGGACUUAAACCGAUGUCUCAAGAACGACAAGGGCAAGCUCAAGUGCGGAAAGAAUGGCAACUACUCUAGUUCGUGCAUCAACUGUGCCAUGCGUGGAACCGCCGAGUUUUCCUGCCAGUGCCGCAAUUCGGAGGAAGAUCAUCGCUAUGUUCAUACUGUCAUUGAUCUGAGUGAGUUGAAAUUUCUUCAUGAUCUCCUACCCCCACACCGGAACCUCCAGGGCUUGGAACUAACACAUGUGCCCUCAAGACAAAUGUGUUGCCAACAACCACGGCGACCUUGGUUGCUAGACUGCAAACUGCUCGAUUGUGCCGAUGGGAGAACAUGA